GACACUGAUUUCGAUUUCUUAGAGGGCGAUGUUAUUUGGAAUUAUCGGCCCGGCGUGGAUUUGCACGAUGCUGAUGACAUGUCCGUGAGUUUGUCCAAAGGCAAAGACUUCAAGGUUUGGUUUAUGCACACGACGGAUUGCAAGCGUGAUCGCCCAGAUCUCUUUAAGCAGCAAGAUCCAGGUGUUUGUGUCUCCUAUGAGGGCGUCGACGAUGCAGUGGAUGCGCUGCUGCAGAGGGUGACUGAAUCGCCGGUGGAUGCAGUCAUUGGCCUCUUUGAGGGGUGCAUUGUGGUGCACCUUGCUGCCGCACGGCUGCUGCAGCAGGGGACUGAGCUGCCAUGGCCCUGCAGUGUGUUCUUUGGAGAUCUGCCCAUUCGCGAUGAUAGCUGGGCGGCGCCAUUCUCCAAGGGUGCCAAGGCCAAACACCCCAGCAUCCACAUCUUUGGUCGCUACGAUGAGUACUACCACUAUGGUCGCAGGGCGGCUGGACGAAUUGCUCCUGAAGACUACUAUGAGGCUUCUCUGGUGCUGGAACACGACGAGGGCCAUCGCUUGCCGCAGCUGCAGCCGCGAGCAGGAGAAUUGUAUGCACGGGUAGCGCGGGAAGUGCGGCUCUGUUGCGGCCGCCCGGUGAAAGAUGGCUUCAACGAGCUGCACACCUGGCGCAAGGCGCUGCGGCCUCCCAAGCCGUUGGCACCCCCCUUGUUGGAGAUGGAGAUGAUGAUGCCACGGAAGCUGCGGGUGUUGGCGCUCACUGGAGGUCACAGCUGCACCGAGGUGCUGAAAUAUCAGAGUGCCCCACUCCGUCAGGCCAUUGGCCGAGACCUCUGCGAGUUCACCUUCAUUGAAGGCACUGAGGACUGGAACUGGUUUGAGGGGGAACCCAUCGUCAGCGACAUGGAAAAGAAGUUGGCCAAAGGUGCGCAACUGAAGAAUUGGUACAUGGACACCAUCACGGAGGAGACGCCCACAGACAAACCCAACCGUGAGAAGCAGUUUGACCCCAAGUCUCGUGGGGGCCUCAGAGUCAAUCCGCGGUAUCACAAGAUCCCCGAGAAGGUGCAAAAACUGAAGGAGUUGAUCUUCGACGAAGGUCCCUUUGAUGUCUUGGUAGCCUUCUCCCAGGGCUGCAUCAUGACGCAUCUCUUGAUUGGGCACUUGCGGAAGGAGGAGCCUGCGACGCAGGCAGCUUCCAAGCGCUGGCACUUCACGCGGAAUCAGCCUGAAGAGAUGCCAUGGCGCGUGAGUGUCUUUUUCAAUGGCAUGCAUAUCCGAGACAAGGAUUACAUGGAUCUCUUCGAUACUCCUUCGCCACAUCCCACGGUGCACGUCUUUGGCAAGGCGGACGAGUUCUAUGACUAUGGCCGGGAUGGCUUUGGCUACAAGCCUCAAGAGGAGUACUAUGUGGAUCCCGUCAUCUUUAGCCAUAGCGAGGGGCAUGCCUUUCCAACCCAACCACCACGCGCGCGGGAGAUCUACGACCGCGUUGCUGCGGAGAUAUGGAGGCAUUGUGGCGGACGUCCACCUGCCUGA